CAGCACGGGAUCUGAGACUUCCAAAAAAUGAAGCUGGCGACAGGACUGUGGGUCUGGGUGAGCCUUCUCCUGGCAGCGGGGACCGUCCAGCCCAACGCUUCUCAGUCAGUGUGUGCAGGAACAGAGAACAAGCUGAGCUCUCUCUCUGACCUGGAGCAGCAGUAUCGAGCCUUGCGCAAAUACUAUGAGAACUGUGAGGUAGUCAUGGGCAACCUGGAGAUAACCAGCAUCGAGCACAACCGGGACCUCUCCUUUCUGCGGUCUAUUCGAGAAGUCACAGGCUACGUGUUAGUGGCUCUUAAUCAGUUUCGCUACCUGCCUCUGGAGAAUUUACGCAUUAUCCGUGGGACAAAACUUUAUGAGGAUCGAUAUGCCUUGGCAGUAUUUUUAAACUACAGAAAAGAUGGGAACUUUGGACUUCAGGAACUUGGACUGAAGAACUUGACAGAAAUCCUUAAUGGUGGAGUGUAUGUAGACCAGAACAAAUUUCUUUGUUACACAGACACAAUUCACUGGCAAGAUAUUGUUCGGAAUCCAUGGCCUUCCAACUUGACUCUGGUAUCAACAAAUGGUAGCUCAGGAUGUGGACGUUGUCAUAAGUCCUGUACGGGCCGAUGCUGGGGACCCACAGAAAAUCAUUGCCAGACCUUGACAAGGACGGUGUGUGCAGAACAGUGUGAUGGCAGGUGCUAUGGGCCCUAUGUCAGUGACUGUUGUCAUAGAGAAUGUGCUGGGGGCUGCUCAGGACCGAAGGACACAGACUGCUUUGCCUGCAUGAAUUUCAAUGACAGCGGAGCAUGUGUUACUCAGUGUCCCCAAACUUUUGUCUACAAUCCAACCACCUUUCAACUGGAGCAUAACUUCAAUGCAAAGUAUACAUAUGGAGCAUUUUGUGUCAAGAAGUGCCCACAUAACUUUGUGGUGGAUUCCAGUUCUUGUGUGCGUGCCUGCCCUAGUUCCAAGAUGGAAGUAGAAGAAAAUGGGAUUAAAAUGUGUAAACCUUGCACGGAUAUUUGCCCAAAAGCUUGUGAUGGUAUUGGCACAGGAUCACUGAUGUCAGCUCAGACCGUGGAUUCCAGUAACAUUGACAAAUUCAUAAACUGCACCAAAAUCAAUGGGAAUUUGAUCUUCCUUGUCACUGGUAUUCAUGGGGACCCUUACAAUGCAAUUGAAGCCAUAGACCCAGAGAAACUGAAUGUCUUCCGGACAGUUCGAGAGAUAACAGGUUUCUUGAACAUACAGUCAUGGCCCCCAAACAUGACCGACUUCAGUGUUUUUUCUAACCUGGUGACCAUCGGUGGAAGAGUACUCUACAGUGGCCUCUCCUUGCUUAUCCUUAAGCAACAGGGCAUCACUUCUCUACAAUUCCAAUCUCUGAAGGAAAUCAGUGCAGGAAACAUCUAUAUUACUGACAACAGCAACCUAUGUUAUUAUCAUACCAUUAAUUGGACAACACUCUUCAGCACUAUCAACCAAAGAAUAGUGAUCCGGGACAAUAGAAAAGCUGAAAACUGUACUGCUGAAGGAAUGGUGUGCAACCAUCUGUGUUCAAGCAAUGGCUGUUGGGGACCUGGUCCCGACCAGUGCUUGUCCUGCCGUCGCUUCAGCAGAGGAAGGAGCUGCAUCGAGUCUUGUAACCUCUAUGAUGGUGAAUUUCGAGAAUUUGAGAAUGGCUCCAUCUGUGUGGAGUGUGACCCCCAGUGUGAGAAGAUGGAAGAUGGCAUCCUCACCUGCCAUGGACCGGGACCUGACAACUGCACAAAGUGCUCCCAUUUUAAGGAUGGCCCGAACUGUGUGGAAAAAUGUCCAGAUGGCUUACAGGGGGCAAACAGUUUCAUUUUCAAGUAUGCUGAUCAGGAUCGGGAGUGCCACCCAUGCCAUCCAAACUGCACCCAAGGGUGCAUAGGCUCAAGUAUUGAAGACUGCAUCGGCCUGAUGGAUAGAACUCCCCUAAUUGCAGCGGGAGUCAUCGGCGGGCUCUUCAUCCUGGUCAUCGUGGGUCUAACAUUUGCAGUUUAUGUUAGAAGGAAGAGCAUCAAAAAGAAAAGAGCCUUAAGAAGAUUUCUGGAAACAGAGUUGGUAGAACCCUUAACUCCCAGUGGUACGGCGCCCAAUCAAGCUCAACUUCGUAUUUUGAAAGAAACUGAGCUCAAAAGAGUGAAAGUACUUGGCUCAGGUGCUUUUGGAACAGUUUAUAAGGGUAUUUGGGUACCUGAAGGAGAAACAGUAAAGAUUCCUGUGGCUAUUAAGAUUCUUAAUGAAACAACUGGUCCCAAAGCCAAUGUGGAGUUCAUGGAUGAAGCUUUGAUCAUGGCAAGUAUGGACCAUCCACACUUAGUCCGGUUAUUGGGUGUGUGUCUGAGCCCAACCAUUCAGCUGGUUACACAGCUUAUGCCCCAUGGCUGCCUGUUGGAUUAUGUCCAUGAACACAAGGAUAACAUUGGAUCCCAGCUGCUGCUUAACUGGUGUGUCCAGAUAGCUAAG